GUUUUCUUCCACUCUCUGUCCUCAACUCUCAUUCAUUGGCUUCUUCCUCUCACACCCAACAAAAAUGGCACACUCUUUUCACACCUUCCCCCUCAAAGCCCCAAACCUCACACAACCGUCACCAUCUCCACCACGCUCAAACCGCCACCACUCACCUCUUCACUUCCUCAACGCCGCCGCCACUCAUUCAAACCCGCGCCGGCGCCUCCUCAUUCUACCAUCAAGACGGCGUCGCAUUGAUUUCGUAACCGCUCGCGCAGUUACAGAUCGCGACCUCACUGAUGAAUCUGAAUACAGAGAACAACAAAUCGGCGAGGGUUCUGAAGUGGCGGAGGCGAGUCUGGGAGAGGGAACGGAACUGGCGGAGCAGAAUGUGUGGGUUCAGAUGAAGGAAAUCGUGAAAUUCACAGGGCCUGUGGCGGGGAUUUGGUUGUGUGGACCGUUGAUGAGUCUCAUCGAUACUGCGGUUGUUGGUCAGGGAAGCUCUGUUGAGCUUGCUGCUUUAGGUCCUGCAACGGUUUUUUGUGAUUAUUUGAGCUACACCUUCAUGUUUCUGUCGGUUGCAACUUCCAAUAUGGUUGCUACUGCCCUCGCCAAACAGGAUAGGGAGGAAGUGCAGCAUCACAUAUCUGUCUUGCUUUUUAUUGGGUUAGGAUGUGGCUUGGUGAUGCUUGUGUUCACAAGGUUGUUUGCUGCAGCAACACUAACUGCUUUUACUGGGCUGAAGAAUGUGCAUGUAGUACCAGCAGCUAAUACUUAUGUCCAGAUUCGAGGCUUGGCAUGGCCUGCUUUACUUAUUGGAUGGGUUGCUCAGAGUGCAAGUCUUGGCAUGAAAGAUUCGUGGGGACCCUUGAAAGCUUUGGCUGCUGCCAGUGUUAUAAAUGGAAUUGGUGAUAUAGUUUUAUGCACCUAUUUAGGUUAUGGUAUUGCAGGGGCAGCAUGGGCCACAUUGGCUUCACAAGUUGUUGCUGCGUAUAUGAUGAGCCAAACUCUAAACAAUAAGGGAUACAAUGCGUUUGCCUUCUCCAUUCCUUCAGCUAAGGAAUUUUUUACAAUACUCAGUAUUUCUGCUCCUGUAUUUGUGACACUGUUGUCAAAGGUGGCUUUCUACUCUCUGAUUAUAUAUUUUGCUACAUCAAUGGGUACACAUCCAAUGGCUGCCCAUCAAGUCAUGGUUCAAAUCUACAUGGCAUGCACAAUAUUUGGUGAACCUCUCUCCCAAACUGCUCAAUCAUUUAUGCCUGAAUUGAUGUAUGGAGUAAAUCGGAGUUUGGCAAAGGCUCGAUCACUUCUUAGGUCUCUUGUAAUUAUCGGAGUUAUACUUGGAUUGUUUUUUGGGAUUGUUGGAACAUCUGUUCCUUGGUUAUUCCCAUACAUUUUUACAUCUGAUCAGAUGGUCAUCCAGGAGAUGCAUAGGAUUCUGAUUCCAUACUUUGUAGCUCUAUCCGUGACACCCACUAUUGUCGGCCUGGAGGGAACAAUGCUGGCUGGACGGGAUCUUAGAUUUUUAAGCUUGUCAAUGAUUGGAUGCUUUUUGCUGAAUACUGUAGUGUUAUUGACCUUGAGUAGUAGAUAUGGUUUACAAGGCUGUUGGUUUGCCCUUGCUGGAUUUCAGUGGACUCGAUUUUUAUCAGCCCUUCUGCGCCUUCUCUCACCCAAUGGCAUUUUAUUCUCGGAAGAUUUAGGCCAGUAUGAGCUGCAAAAGUUGAAGACUACCUAGUUCUGAAACUCCAUUUUUUCUUAUAGUAUAUUUGGGUUAGCUUCUAUUUCUUCAGAAUCAAUUCUGAAACCCAUAAAUUUAUAGAAGCUUCUCCCAAAAUUGAUUCAGAUUUUAAAUUUAAUUGUAUAAGAAUAUCCAAGCAUGUGUUAAGUUCAUGCUAAAUUAUCCAACAAGAAGCAUGUCGUCUGUUGCAUGUAAAUCUUAUAGGUUAAAACUUAGAUGUAUUGCAAAGUAGGCUUUUGGUAAUUGGCACACCUUUCUACUUGUUCA